AUGCAUACAGUUCUCGAAACAGCAGCCCAGGGAAACCUUGUUUCAACACAACGUGCCAAGUUACCCAUGGCAAAAGAAAAUGGAAUACCGGAAACCUUGGUUUCGGAUAAUGGGCCACAGUACAGCAGUCGUGAGUUCGCUUCAUUCUGCAAAUCAUGGGGAAUCACUCAUGUGACGAGCUCACCCCUCUACCCGCAAAGCAAUGGAUUCAUUGAAAGAAUGGUACAGACCGUAAAAAACUUACUUAAGAAAUCUGAAAGUUCCGGACAAGAUCCAUAUCUGGCCUUGUUGGCGUAUCGAACUACUCCGAUCGACAACAAAUUAGCAGCACCAGCCAAACUGCUCAACAACAGAGACUAUUGA